CGCUUGGGUCUGGCCCUUAAUUACUCGGUGUUCUACUACGAAAUCAAGAACGAUCCUGAGAAGGCCUGUCAUUUGGCCAAGACAGCAUUUGAUGAUGCUAUCAGCGAAUCAGGCAGUCAGUGCGACGAGACUUACAAGGACAGCACCCUCAUCAUGCAGCUCCUUCGAGACAAUCUUGCUUUGUGGACUUCUGAUCCGGACGAUGGAGAAAACAAUGAAGCCGGUGACAAUUAA